GCUGCCCCGCGGCGUCCCGGGCACAGAGAUGCCAUUCUGAGGAAUAUAGAGGAGUACAGCCUUGUCAUCCCCACCAGCACCGACUCAGAGGGCAGGUUCCUAUCCCACCUGGUGUCCGGACCGCCAAAAGCACGCUUCAGGAGAGCUGCGGACAACUUGCAACAAGAAGCAGCAAAUGAGCAAAUAUUUUACAAUGUCACUGUUUUUGGAAGAGAGUUUCACUUCAGGUUGCGGCCAAACUCCAGGCUCGUUGCCCCUGGAGCAACAGUUGAAUGGCAGGAGGACUCGGAUGAGACUCGCAUCGAACCUCUCUAUGGGAAUUGCCUCUAUGUUGGGGAUAUCACUGAUCUACCAAAUGCUUCAGUUGCUAUCAGCAAUUGCGAUGGGUUGGCUGGCAUGAUUCGCACGGACAAGGACGAGUUCUUCAUUGAACCUCUGGAGAAGGGGACCCGCGAGGAGGAGGAGGAAGGAGGCAGAACACACGUGGUCUAUCGCAGGGCAGCUGCCAAGAAGCAACUGCCUAUUGAGGAUGCAGACACCCUGUAUAAAGCGCCUAACCUCACUAAUUUGGAUGGUCUGGACAGUGCACUGAGCCUUAUUGAAGAUCGGGUGCACAGAUCGAGGCGGCGCCACCGGAGGCACGCGACGGAUGAUGAUUACAACAUCGAAGUCCUUCUGGGGGUCGAUGACUCAGUUGUUCAGUUCCAUGGGAAAGAACAUGUUCAGAAGUAUCUGCUGACCCUGAUGAACAUUGUUAAUGAAAUUUACCAUGACGAGUCCCUGGGAGCUCACAUCAAUGUUGUCCUGGUGAGGAUAAUCCUGCUGAGCUAUGGCAAGUCCAUGAGUCUAAUAGAGAUUGGGAACCCUUCUCAAAGUCUGGAGAAUGUGUGUCGCUGGGCCUACUUGCAACAGAAGCCAGACACCGGGCAUGCAGAAUAUCACGACCAUGCUAUCUUUCUCACAAGGCAGGAUUUUGGUCCAUCUGGCAUGCAGGGCUAUGCUCCAGUCACUGGAAUGUGUCAUCCUGUUCGAAGCUGCACUCUCAAUCAUGAAGAUGGUUUUUCAUCUGCAUUCGUGGUGGCUCAUGAAACUGGACAUGUUUUAGGCAUGGAGCACGACGGCCAAGGAAACAGAUGUGGGGAUGAAGUCCGCCUGGGGAGCAUCAUGGCCCCCCUCGUGCAAGCUGCCUUCCACCGCUUCCACUGGUCCCGCUGCAGCCAGCAGGAGCUGAAUCGAUACCUCCAUUCCUACGAUUGUCUGCGCGAUGAUCCCUUCGAACAUGACUGGCCUUCCCUUCCACAGCUGCCAGGAAUUCACUACUCCAUGAAUGAACAGUGCCGUUUUGAUUUUGGUUUGGGCUACAUGAUGUGCACAGCUUUUCGUACAUUUGAUCCCUGUAAGCAGCUGUGGUGUAGCCACCCUGAGAACCCCUACUUCUGCAAAACAAAGAAAGGGCCUCCGCUGGACGGGACCAUGUGCGCACCAGGAAAGCACUGCUUUAAAGGUCACUGCAUCUGGCUGACACCGGACAUCCUGAAGCAGGAUGGGCACUGGGGGGCAUGGAGUAAGUUUGGCUCCUGCUCUCGCACCUGUGGCACGGGGGUGAAGUACAGGACGCGGCAGUGUGACAAUCCGCAUCCAGCCAACGGAGGCCGCACGUGUGUGGGGCCGAGCUAUGAGUUCCAGCUCUGCAACACUCAGGAUUGCCCUAAGGACUUCGAGGAUUUCAGAGAGGAGCAGUGCAGGCAGUGGGAUCCAUACUUUGAGUACCAGAACACGAAGCACCACUGGCUGCCCUACGAGCAUGCUGAUGCCAAGGAAAGGUGCCACCUGUACUGCGAAUCCAAGGAGACAGGGGAUGUUGUGUACAUGAAGAGGAUGGUCCACGAUGGGACCCGCUGCUCCUACAAAGACGCUUACAGCAUCUGCGUGCGGGGAGACUGCUUGAAAGUUGGGUGUGACAGGGUCAUAGGAUCCACGAAGCAGGAAGAUAAGUGCGGUGUUUGCGGAGGAGAUAAUUCCCACUGCAAAGUGGUGAAAGGAACGUUUUCAAGAGUACCAAAGAAACAAGGACACAUUAAGAUGUUUGAAAUUCCUGUUGGGGCAAGACAUUUACUUAUACAGGAAUCGGACGCCACCAGUCAUCAUCUCGCAAUUAAAAAUCGUGAAACGGGAAGAUUCAUUUUAAGUGAAGACAACUACGUGCCAGAUUCUAAAGUAUUUAUUGACAUGGGUGUGGAGUGGGAAUAUCGGAAUGACGAUAAUAGAGAAACCGUGCAGACCAUGGGGCCUCUGCGUAAUGGAAUAGUUAUUCUGGUGAUUCCUCACGGUGGUGCCAAGAUAUCUCUGACUUACAAGUACAUGAUCCAUGAAGAUUCCUUGAACGUAGAUAACAAUAAUGUUUUGGAAGAGGUCUCAGUGUCGUAUGAAUGGGCUCUGAAGAAGUGGUCCCAAUGUUCAAGACCUUGUGGAGGAGGCUUCCAGUUCACGAAAUACGGCUGCCGGAGGAAGACGGACCACAAGAUGGUUCAUCGGAGUUACUGCGAGCUGAUCCCGAAGCCGAAGCCCAUUCGCAGGGUGUGCAACCUCCAGGAGUGCUCGCAGCCCAUAUGGGUUACAGGAGAGUGGGAGCCUUGCAGCAAAAGCUGUGGGAAAACAGGAUACCAAGUGCGAUCUGUGCGGUGCAUCCAACCCCUGCACGACAACACAAAUCGGUCUGUUCACACCAAGUACUGCAACAAUGACCGUCCGGAGGGCAGGAGGCCUUGCAACCGGGAGCUUUGUCCAGCACAGUGGAGAAUAGGACCCUGGUCUCAGUGCUCUGUCAGCUGUGGCAAUGGCACGCAGGAUCGCCCAGUCCUGUGCCGGACCAGAGACAACGCCAUUGGCCUUUGCAAAGAAGCUAAACCAGAGAAUGUAAGGAUUUGCAGACUACCUCCAUGUCCAAGAAAUGUUUCUGAUCCUUCAAAGAAAACCUACAUGAUACAAUGGCUGUCGAGACCUGAUCCAGACUACCCUAUCCAGAAAAUAUCUUCAAAAGAUCAUUGUCAAGGAGACAAGUCAAUGUUCUGCCGCAUGGAAGUUCUCUCUCGGUACUGUUCAAUUCCCGGUUACAAUAAGCUCUGUUGCAAGUCCUGUAAUAUGUACAACAACAUAACAGAAGAAGGCAACGCAACCGAUUCUAACGUAAAUAAGAAUAAUGUCAUUGAGGAGGAGCUCCUGACAACCCUCAGCCCUCUCAUGGGAGUUUCCACCACACAACCUGCCACCAGCAGCCCUCCUCCUGUUUCCAAACCCCACGUGCCUCCUUCCAAUGCCACCGACGAGCACCCCGAAAUUAACGCGGUGGACGUGCCCUAUAAAAUCGAUGGGCUGGAUGACGAAGUGCCGCAGCACAACAUCAUCACGCAGAGGAGGAUACCUUAUGAAAGGACGAGGAAUCAAAGGAUCCAGGAGCUGAUUGCUGAGAAAAGGAAAAAAGAGACUCUCAGAAAAAUAAACUAAGAUGGGAAUAUGGCGCAAGCAACAUUUUUCUCUUAUAGAGAUGUUACCGACAUCGUAGUAUUGCCCAUGUUGUAGAGACUAAAAAUGGGGAAAAACCGAAGUGGUGCUAUGGCAGAGAUGCCAAAGUCUAAAGCCUACUAUAAAUGGAAAUGACAGAUUGUGUUGUAAGUGCUAAUCUGAACACUUUGAUGGCUAGGUUUUCAGGGUACAGUAGAGUAUUAGUGCAAUAUCGUGACAACAUUUCACUGAAUCCAAACAAACCUUAAUUCCUAGGCCAGGUUAGCAGGUUUUUUGUUUAUGGGCUCCUUUAAGUCUUCUGUGGCUGCGUAAAACUUCUUGGAAGCAGUAACGCGAGUUACGUUUACGAUGGAGGAAAAUGGUCCCGAGACAUUAAGAACCCCUUUAAUCCUGACAAGCAGGUGGUCAGCAAUCCUGUGAUGCUUCUGUGCAUUGUGUAGAGCCAGGUGCUAACCCAGCCCUGGUUCAGGGAGCUGCAUAAGGAUGAGCCAGACCACGCGUAGCUGCCUUCAGCUCAGCUGGCACAUGCUUAUGUAGCUUUCCUAACCAGGACUGUGUAAGAAAAUAUAUCGAAAAUUCUGUAGCCAUAUAUUUAUGUGUAAAUUAAAAACUGACAACCAGUAGCUUACGUAUUUCUGUAAACAUUUCAAAGGAUUCUUCUAAAAGUUUGAAUGCAUGCAAGGCGUUUCGUGUUAGGGCAGGUCUGGCCAACUUGGACUGGUGACAGCCCAGUCUUUGUGUUUACAGGUAUCCAUUCAUAUCACGCAGCAGCCUCAGUGAUCUUUGUUGGUUGGUGCUUUUUUUUGUUACCUGACUUUUUUCUACCCACAUGCUGUUUAAGUUAAAGAUGACUGGAUUCUUGUUGCCUUUUCUUUGGUGCUUUACUGGGAAAACACGUUGUUGGUUUUUUUUUUUUUUUUGCUCUCCCAUAGGACAAGGUUAUUUUUGAGGAAAUCAUUUUUUUUUAAAUUCUCUUCCUUUCCUUAGGACAGCUUGAUUGGCACAGAAGUGAACAGUUGUUCCCUGUGCCCUACAUCUACAUGCACAUGCAUGCAGCACCAGGUCUGCUGGAAACGCCGAGGUGUGGAACCUGACAACCCUUUGAGUACUUCUUUUCCCCUCAGGGUCAGCACAGUUUUCAUCAGUCAUUUCAGAUUCCUGCUUGGAGAUCAGGAGACAAACUCAGAUCAGUUGUUUGGUUUGGGGAUCGCGCUGGGUGGGAGGUGAUGGGGAGGUCGGUGCGAGCCAGCCUUCAGCAUCUAACGUCAGAAUUAUUUCUGCCAUCCCGACAGAGCAGCAAGGAAGGGAAUCAGGCACUGAAGGCUCCGUGCAGUCUGUGGAGGGCAGAAGUAGGUGCGGGUUUUAGCAGGUCUCUGCUUUUACGUGGACUAUGGAAGUAGGUGAGGAAAUGGUCCGUUCUCCCCAGGCCAGGACUCUCCCAGUAACGGCAGCGUGCACUGCUGCCCUUCCCUCUGCAGGGGGCAGCUCAGCUUUGCUUAUGUCUCCUGGCUUGGACUCUUCCCUUCGUUCCCUCUUUGCUGGUCAGCCUCCUGCAGAGCCCCAGCUUCCCUCAGAUCCUCCUUUUACCACUCUGCUCUGGUUCACACUGCCCCGUCAGGGAACAAGACCUCAUCCUCCAGCUAUCACACCGGCUGCAGCUGCUCGAGGUUUGAAGCAAAGGCAGCUCUAUGCCUGCACGCAGCCACGUGGGCAUCGGACACGCCAGAUUUCCAGUAGUCUGUAAGUUCUGCUGCUGCCGAAGAGCUUCAGAAGCAUUGCAAACAUUGCUACCUGCCUGCAGCCCUUCUGCAUCCAACCACCGUGGCCGAAUGCGCUGAAAAAGGGUCAAGAAAAAGCAGUUUUUGCAGCGCUUGGUUGUCAUCAGGAGCCUUGGAAGGCCAAGAGGCUGGUAUAGGAAAAGAGCCUGGCAGAGGUAUGGCCUGAAGCAGAGAAGGGAAGUUUUCAGCAGGUGUGACAUUGAGUCCCUUCGUAUGAGGACUGUGGUGAGGAGAGCUGAGGUGGUGCAGGGGUGGGAGCUGCACUGAAGGACACAGCGGCCAGGAAGCCCUGCAGGGCUGAUACGACCCUUCCACUGUGUGCCCCAGGAGGAGCACGCUGUCAGUGGCUGUAGUGAGUAUUUCUCGCAUUUCCUACUUCCUUUACACAGAUGCAGUUAAACCUAUCUCUUCCCCUUUGCAUUGUUAUCCUGCUUUUAGGUCCAUGGAAAAUUAAAAAACAAAACAAAACAAACAAAAAAAAACAGAACAGCAGCAAACCCAGGCUUUGUCAUAGCCUAAAACCA